AUGUCAGUCGUAUUUGCACCCAGGGGGAACAGACCGCCUUUGACACCUGCACAAAUACAGAAAAUGUUAGAUGAAAAUGCUCAUUUAAUCCAAACUAUCCAAGAGUAUCAAGCUAAAGGGCAAUUAAUGGAAUGCCAUCAAUAUCAGCAAAUUUUACAUAGAAAUCUAGUUUAUCUAGCAUCCGUAGCCGACGCUAAUCAAAAUAUUCAAGCAAUAUUACCGCCACCACAUCAACUUGCUUCUGGAAAUGUACCUCAAAGUCAGCUGAAUACUCCUUCCAGUGGAGCAGAUGUUCCUGGAUCUCCUCAACAAGUUUAUCGUCCUGUAUCGGGUGUUUCAACAACACCAACAAGACCUACACAAUCAUAUGGACAAAGACCAUAUCCUCAGAAUCAAUAUCAAGGGCAAUAUCAGGGACCACCAGGUGGAUAUCCUCCGCAAAGUGGUUAUGGGCCACCUAGUCAAGGUUAUGGACCUCCAAACCCAUCGCAACAACCUCAAGGAUAUGCUCCUAAUUCAACCUAUGGCCCACCUAUAACUACAACACCAAGCAAUUAUCCUCCAUCGACUCAUCCAGGCCCUGGUUAUCCUCCAUCAACAGCUCAACAGGCUUAUGCACCACCACCUGGAAGUCCAUCUGUUGCAGGAUCACCCUAUCCUGUGCGUGGAGCCAGUCAGCCAGUAUACACUGGUAAUUCUGCAUAUCCACCACCACAAUCUGCGUCAAAUUAUCCAAAUGUCGGUGUUAGCACUUAUAAUUCGACAUCUACACAACCACAGCCAUAUCAAUCCCAACCAUUCCCUAAUACUACACCUACUUCUGCGUAUAGCUCAACACCAAUAUCACAACCAAAUCGCUCUCCCCAGCCACCACCUACUAGCUAUACAUCCCAAAAUCCAAGCAGCACAGGAUAUGGUUCCCCUUCUGCACAAUCCCCUACUUAUAACUCAAGUUCUCAUGGAAAUAAUGUUCCACCAUCAACAGUUGCAUCAGGAGUACCUUCCCAAGGUGGACCACCUGGACAACAAUAUCCACCCUCAGGAGGGCCAUCACCCUAUCCACCCGCUACACAGCCACCAUAUUCAAAUCCUUCAUCUCAGCCUGGAAGUCCUGCACCAACAGUGUCAACAGCCCCCCCACCUCAAUCAACAUACCCUCAAAAUCCGCAGAAUUAUCCACCAACAGGUGGUGCUUAUCCACCCCAUGCUUAUCAACAAGGUUAUCCCCCAGCUCAGUAUCCUCCUUCUCCCUAUCCUUAUGCUAGAGCUCCAGCACCAGGAGCCCCCCCACCGGGUACACCUCAACCUUAUCCAGGUUAUGGCUUUCAACCCCCUAACCAGCAA